AUGGCUAAAACACAUGCUGAAAGACAAAAACUUUAUCGUCAAAAUUUAUUAAAAAAUAAAUCAAAGUAUGAUCAAAUGAGAAAAAUAUCUCGUAUACGUGAUAAUAAAAGACGUCAAAAUUUAAAUGGUGAUUUAUUACAACAAAAAAAACUUGAACGUAUAAAUAAUAAACAAUCAUCAUCAUAUAAAUCUCGUCAAUCAUUUGGUAAAGCAGUCAAACGUGUUCUUCAAUCAUUACCAAAAGAUAUUAAUAGACGUGUUAGUGUAAUUCAUCAUAUUGCACAAGAAUUUAAUAUUAUUCCAAAAACAACAUCUCAUCAUCAACGUGAACAACGUUCAUUAUCAAUUGAAUUAAAACAAUUAGUUAUGAAUUUUUAUAGUCAAGAUGACAUCAGUUACCAGUUAUCUGGUAAACGUGAUUUUAUUACAAUCAAAGAUGAUAAUAGUACGUCAAAAACAAUACAAAAACGAAUUCUUUUAUUUAGUUUACGUGAAGCACAUCAACUAUUUUUAAGUGAACAUGAUCAUAUAGAUGCUUAUUUAUUAUUAGGAUCAUUUAGUGAUCUUCGGCCAUCAAAUGUACUUCUUCAAUCUCAUAUGACACACCGUAGUUGUUUAUGUGCUUAUCAUGAAAAUAUAAAUUUAUUAAUAAAACCAUUAUCAAAAUAUAUUCCAUGUCCUGGUUUACAUUCACUACAAGCAUUUUCAUCAACACUUGUUUGUUGCGAGACAAAUGAAAAAUGUAUGUUUAGCAAAUGUUCUUUAUGUACAAAUAACUUGGAAAAUAAAAUAAUAAAAUAUGUUACUAAUUUUACACAAUCAAUUAAUUGGUAUCAAUGGGUUUUAAAAGAUGGAUAUUCUAAAAAGAUUGAAUUUAAUGGUACAAUUGGUGAAUGUAUAGAAGUUUUAAAAUCAAAAGUAAAUCAAUUUUUAGCUCAUAUUUUUAUUAAACGUCAACAAUCGGAAUACUUUGAAAAAAUGAAAAAAAUUUCAAAUAAUGAAAAUAUUUGCUUACGGAUUGAUUUUAGUGAAAAUUUUCGAUUAGAUAUUCAAGAUUCUGUACAAAAUUCGUAUUACUCGAAAGUUGAAUUAACUUGGAAUUACUUCGCCACCUCCCAUGGUAAGGGGGUGGUUGAUGGUGUGGGAGGUACACUUAAACGUCUUGUUUAUAGAGCAAUACUUAGUGGACAAUAA